CAACAAUCCACUCUCUCUUCUCCUUCACACUCACUACCAUCCUCUUGCGGAUUACCAUGGAGGUACCGAAGGACUACGGUGGCGCGGGCCGCGCCAUCCAAGGACAGAUCUACACCCUCGGCGCUGUGGGGUAUAAGCCGAAGGUGCCCACCGACCCGCUGGCGCUCGCUUUCGCCGCGUCCACCAAGAUGACUCCCGAGGCGUACUGGUACGUCGCGGGCAGCGCGGGCAUGCAGCGCACCGCCGAAGCGAACGUGACGGCGUUUGAGCGCUACCAGAUCGUGCCGCACAUGCUGCGCGACGUGCGUGAGCGGUCCAUGGCCACCAAUGUGCUCGGCACACAGAUGCCCGCCCCAGUCAUGUUCGCCCCGAUCGGCGUGCUGGAAAUGGCACACGUUCAAGCCGAAGUAGCCGUGGCCAAGGCGGCCUCGUCCCUCGGCGUCCCAAUGGUCAUCUCAACGCAGGGCUCCCGACCAAUGGAGGAGACGGCCGCCAGCCUCGGCCCCGCACCGAUGUGGUACCAGCUGUACUGGAGCAACAAUAACGAGCUCAUGCGCUCGCUCGUUACGCGUGCCGAGAAGGCCGGUGCCCAGGCCAUUGUUGUCACACUUGACACGCACACCGUCGGCUGGCGCACGCGCGACCUCGAUCUCGGUUUUCUCCCCUUCGCCAAGGGCAUGGGUCUGGCUCAGUACUUCUCCGACCCCGUGUUCCUAGAGAUUGUCAAGAAGCGCGUCGAGAACCCCCCGCCCAGGGACCCCUCCCUCCCCGCCCCGCGGCCGACGCUCGCGGGCAUCAGCACCCUAUGGUCGCAGGCCUCGCACUUCCCGGGUAACACUCUAGCCAACUUGCUCUCCGGCUACCCCCGCGCUGCCGUCGACGCGUUCCUCGACGUCUUCCCGUGCUCCGGCAUCAAGUGGACGGACCUCGACCUCAUCAAGAGCGUCACCAAGCUCCCGAUCAUUCUCAAGGGCAUCCAAACCGCCAGCGACGCCGAGCUCGCCCUCCAGUACGGCGUGAGCGGCAUCGUCGUCUCCAACCACGGCGGCCGGCAAGUCGACGGCGCCAUCGCGUCAAUUGACGCGCUCGAGGUAGUUGCGCGCGAGCUCGAGGGGCGCAUUCCAAUCAUAUUCGACAGCGGCAUCCGCUCCGGUGCUGACGUAUUCAAAGCACUCGCGCUCGGCGCAAACGCUGUGUUUGUCGGCCGCCCCUGGCUGUACGGCUUGGCCAUUGACGGCGCGGACGGAGCCAAGGCGGUAAUGGAGCGGAUCAUCGCCGAGCUCGACCUUACCAUGGCGCUCGCGGGUGUGAAGACCCUUGCCGACAUCAAUCGCCAAUGCAUUCGGCGCACCGAGCCGGCGGGCGGCGCCAAGCUUUGAGGAACGGGUCGUGCAGGGACAUACGGGCGAAGAUAUGGGAUUCAGCAGAUGAAUGGAUGAUGAACAACGGGCGAGACACUCUCUUCUUUCGAGCUAGAACUAAUGUACGCUGGCUUAUAGCGACGCGCCGCGUGAGGUUUGAC